AUGUCUAUGGGAAAUUUAAAGAACUUCUUUCAGAAAAAAUAUCCAAAUGAAUCAGAAGAGGAAAUUAUGGUUAGAACUCUGGAUCAUAUGAAUAACCAAUUUUUCUCCACUUUUCCAACUAAAACAUCAAAAGAUGAGAGUUCAUCCAUAAAUAUCAGCUCUUCUAUGGGAUCAAUUGAUUCCAACAACUUUGAUUGUUUAGCAGGAGAAGCCCAAGCGGAUGACCCCACUUCUGAAGAUUUCUGGGAUGCGAUGAUUCAAUCCAUGGCUCAGAAAGUAAAAGACAAAGCAAAGAAAUAA